GGAGCCGCGCGCGGGUACCCCAGGCCUCACACCACCCUGUCAUCUAAUGAAGAGUGAGCACAGAAAAUGAGACACUUUGGAAGGCCAGUGACAUGGCUCAACUGGGAAAGGUGUUUGCCACCAGGCCUCCAGACGCCCAGAGUCUGAUCAUGAGACCUACACGAGUUGCUCUGGAGAGUGGUGAGUCUGAGGAGACCUCUGGCAGUGGUGGCUUGGGCCAUGGCCUCCGACCUGGACUUCUCACCUCCCGAGGUGCCUGAGCCCACCUUCUUGGAGAACCUGCUGCGGUACGGGCUGUUCCUAGGGGCCAUCUUCCAGCUCAUCUGUGUCCUGGCCAUCAUCAUACCCAUUCCCAAGUCCCACGAGGCGGAGACAGAACAGUCCGAGCCUAGAAGUGCAGAGGUGCCCAAGAAGCCCAAGGCCACCACCCCCUCCACCAAGAGGCCAAAGAAAGAGACAAAGAAGAAGCGGUAGAGGCGGAGCCUGAGGAGCUGGGCUUGGAGUGUGGACCUUGGGGGCAGCCAUCCUGGGAACCAACAUCCUGUUUCCUCUUUGUUGGUCUCUGUCCUUGGUUCUGGGUCUAAGAUGACUGAAACUCCCUCUGAACACAGAGAUCUGGACAGUCAUCCUUAGGCUCCAGCUGGGCAGACAUCACUUCCUCUUCUUUCACUCGGUGGUGCUGAAAUGCCCCAUGAGCAAACACUGCCUGAGAGGGUUCUGAAGUUAGGUACCUCAUGAAGCCACACAUUCAUGCCUAAUCCUCAGGUGCGGUGGUCACUUCCCUACCUGUGGGGUCACGCUACCCAAGUCUACAAGCACACCCUCUCCCCAUUACCUAUGCCACUCCUGUGCCUACAGAGCCUUGUGUUCAGGUUGGAACACUUGGCUGUGUAGUGUGAGCCAUCUCACUCACAGUGACACCCAGAUCCUGAUGAUGCUGGGGAGAAGAGGCCUGUGUCCCCUGAUGCCUGCUCUCCAGUACCAGAAGUUGCUGUCUGAUUGAGGCUGGAUUUCUUGGGCACAGACUUUGUGAGCCUCUAAAAUAGCAGGCUUGUCACUUUUAGACCAACUUCUUCUCAACCCAUUCUAACAUUCAAGGUGUGCCUUUGCCUUCUGCCUGUCAUCCCCCACCCCUUUCAUUCCCUGACCAGUGAGGAAAAGUUAUAUGGAGAAGUAAAGGUCAAUAAACUGUCAUGCAUGCUGAA